GUCCCCAGUCCCCUGGUCACGGACCCUGUAUUUUUUUUUUUUUUUUUUUUUAAAUUUUGGAUCCGUAAACAGAAAUUUCAAUGAUGUUUGGUAAAAGUAAAACCUUGCUUAUUUUUUGUCAUUAGUCCUUUUCUUGUGGUUGGUUGGUUGGUAAGUAGGUUGGUUCAUGGUUGGUAUACUAAUAAGUUUUGGCAAAAUCGCAAAUUGAGGGUAAAGUAAUUUUCUUGAUCGCUACUUUGUACUGGUAGUAGUAGUUGAAGGUAGAUUAGAUAGGAGAAUGGGGGGAUUGGACGAGGACGAGGACUGCUACCACCGCCGCCACGAAGCAUCAUCCGUGGGUAGUUGUAGUAUCGCCAUCCCGCCGCUUCAAACCCUCGAUGAUGGCAGCCGAAGCAGUGGAGUAGAAAUCAUCUCCUUCUCCGAUGUGGUGGACGAUGCCUCCCUCCACUUUCACAUCAUCCGUCUUCACCAGCAGAUAUACGCCUGGAUCGGUUGCAACUCUGCAAAAUUUGGACAUUUAUAUGCUGCUGCUCCUACACGUCCCAGCAAUGCUGUUAGUGUUACUUCUUUAAUUGGAGGAUCUUCUGACAACGCUGGAGCUGGUAUUGCCCGUCGAAUAGUUCUCAAGACUGGUCUUAACGUUGUAUUGGCUUGUAAUCUUCCAAAGAAUAGUCCCUUGCUUGAGGCUGCUGCUGAGAGAAGGUUGGUGCAAAAGCUUGUCAGCCUGGGUUACGCGACACCUAAAUCUGGAGUAUCAUCCUCAACACAAGAAGGCUAACAUUGGCAUCCUCUGGGCAAGUUUUCUCCAGAAGAGAGUUUUCGAGAAACAACAUUUAAGAGGUUUUCGAGAAACAACAUUCGUCACAUUCAUUUCUUAUCAUACAUACGAGCGACGUACAUAACAAAGUCUAUACAAUCAUUUGCAUAUGGCAUGAAACUCACUCAUUCCCUC